AUGCCGAGCCACAAGUCUUUCCGCACGAAGCAAAAGCUCGCCAAGGCGCAGAAGCAGAACAGGCCCAUUCCUCAGUGGAUUAGGCUGCGAACGGGCAACACCAUCCGAUACAACGCGAAGAGGCGACAUUGGCGCAAGACCCGUAUCGGCAUCUAG